AUGUUGACGAUGAAAAAAAAUGAUGAAAGAAACCCUGUGCAGAGCGAGAAGCAAACCGGAGAUCAUUAUAAUCAGAUGGACGGUCACGAUGUACAUUUGAGCAAGCUAGGCGGUUCGCAAGACGAAUUUUUAACAUACGUCGCAAGAAAUCUGGUCGAUGCUGCUUCAAAAUACUCUUUAGUGGAUCCAGUAAUCAAUGAAAAAACAUUCACUGCAUCCCGGAGACGAAAAUCUGCACCUCAUAAUCGCAUCUCUUCCACAACCAAUGAACUCCCUCUCACCAAUCUUGGUACUCAGACGCUAGAAAAUCGAUCCAGUCACAUGCCGUCUAACAGCUCCUCCAUAAGAAUACCGACCCAUUGUUCAUGUAGAUCCGUGUCCAAGACAAACUCGAGGCCGACAUCAGCCUCUUCUUCUUCUCGCCGUUUAUCUAUAUAUUUUUUACCAUCAGAAAGUCUGGAUCUUGAAAGGCUCACCAGUCAUGACCAGAGUGACAUGCCACGCUAUAUAUCACGAUCUCCAGUCUCAGAUUCAGAUUUGGAGUAUUUCUCUUUUCCCCCUUCCAGUCAAUCGCACCACCAAAAUGAUGAAUGCAUCAAUCAACUUCAAGAUGAGCAAGAAUCUCCUGCCAGUUGUAGUACGGCUGUAGGUCAAUUGGAAAUCCUCUCGGAGGAUGAUGAAAAAGAAGUCUCUUUGGAGUUCAAAUCAUGUAAAGGAAAUUAUUCGUUAUAUGAUUCGGCGAAGAGCUCGGCUCAACAUUAUGUCCAGUUAGGUAUCAAGGCCCACGAGGAUGACAAUCUUAAGCGCUCCGCAUCCCUUUUUCGACGUUCAGCAACGGAAGCGGGAGGCUGCGGGCUAGGAAUGCUGAUGUGGGCAUUGUCACUUCGACAUGGGUGGGGUUGCGAAGUAGAUACUAUGAAAGCCUAUUGGUGGCUCAGACUGUCUGCUGAGACAUUUGUCAACGAUCUGAACGCACUGAAAUCUGAAAUGACGCACAUGGAUCUACUGCUUGCUGUCGACGAAAGUGUGAAUCUUGGACAAAGCCAAGAACACCGUACAAGUAUCGAAAGGUUGCUUAAGGAGUGUAGAGCAAUCAUCUCCGAGCUCUUACUAGCCUUAUACGAACUUGGUCAGUGUCUUAUGAUGGGGUGGGGGUGCCCAAAGGAUAAAAAGCUGGCAGUUCAGUAUUAUACAUUAGCGGCGAAGCUGGGGGAUCCUGAUGCACAGCUAGAGCUGGGUUUCUGCUAUGAGACUGGAAAGGGUGUUGAGAAGAGCUCUAGACAGGCGGCGAAAUAUUAUCGAAUGGCAAGCAUACAAGGUGUUCAAAUGAUGGGGUACCAGUGGAUCUGGAAAGACAAGGCACUAAAAUGUAUUCCACCAAAUCAUCAGUAUGAUCCGCCUGAUAGGACCUAG